AUGUUCAAGUCACUCUUCGUGACCAGCGUCCUCGCGGGCUCCAUGGUCUCUGCCUUGCCUGGCUUCGGCGCCCUCUCUGACGGCCCCGAGGCCCAACUCUUCCCUCGUGCUGCCUGUGACGGCAACACUGCCAGCACGAGGAGCGAGUGGUGCGACUACUCCAUUAGCACUGAUUACACGACCGAGGCGCCCGACACCGGCGUCACUCGCGAGUACUAUCUCGAGCUGACCGACGUCACCGUCGCCCCCGACGGAGUCUCUCGCUCCGCCAUGGCCGUCAACGGCUCCAUCCCAGGCCCGACCCUCUUCGCCGACUGGGGUGACACCGUCGUCGUUCACGUCACCAACUCGCUGACGACCUCCAACAACGGCACCAGCAUCCACUUCCACGGCAUCCGCCAGAACUUCACUAACCAGAAUGACGGCGUCAGCGCCAUCACCCAGUGCCCCACGGCUCCCACAGAAACCAUCACCUACACCUGGCGAGCUCUGCAGUACGGUCAUACUUGGUACCAUUCCCACUUCGCCCUCCAGGCGUGGCAGGGCAUCUUUGGCGGCAUCGUCAUCUACGGCCCCGCCACCGCCAACUACGACGAGGACCUCGGCGUGUUGUUCCUCACCGACUGGGAUCACCAGACCGUCGACGAGCUCUACCCCUCUGCCGAGACCGCUGGCCCGCCGACCCUUGACAACGGCCUCAUCAACGGUACAAACGUCUACGGCGACGACAACUCCACUAGCCAGACCGGCUACCGUUACAACGUCACCUGGGAAUCUGGCACCUCCUACCGUCUGAGACUCAUCAACUCCGCCAUCGACACUCACUGGAAGUUUAUGAUUGACAACCACACCCUGGAGGUCAUCGCCUCCGACCUGGUUCCCAUCACCCCCUACAAAACCACCGUCCUCAACAUCGGCAUCGCCCAGCGCUACGACAUUAUUGUCACCGCCGACCAGGCCGACGUCGCCGACAACUUUUGGCUCCGCGCUAUACCCCAGUCCGCCUGCUCCGACAACUCCAGCCCCGACAACAUCAAAGGCAUCGUCUCCUACACCGGCACCAUCACCGCCCCUACCACCAGCGCCUACAACUACACCGACUCUUGCGACGACGAGACGGCCAACCUCUCCCCCUACGUCUCCAAGACGGUCGACUCGGCCAACUGGGACGAACUCGAGACCGCCUCCGUCAGCCAAAACUCAGCCGGCCUCUUCAAGUGGGCCCUCAACAGCACCAGCUUCCUCGUCGACUGGGCCGACCCGACCCUGCAGCACGUCAUGGAAGGCAACACCACCUGGGACACCCAAGAAGCCGUCUUCCAGCUCGACGACGCAGACCGAUGGGUCUACUUCGUCAUCGAGACCUCCCUCGCCGUCCCGCACCCCAUCCACCUCCACGGCCACGACUUUUCCGUCCUCGCCCAGGGCUCCGGAACCUACUCCAGCUCCGUCACCCUCAAGACUGACAACCCGCCCCGCCGCGACACCGCCAUGCUGCCGUCCUCUGGAUACGUCGUCCUGGCGUGGCAGACGGACAACCCGGGCGCGUGGCUUAUGCACUGCCACAUUGGGUGGCACACGUCCGAGGGCUUCUCGGUGCAGUUUGUCGAGAGAUAUAGCGAGAUCCCCGCCCUCAUUGAUAACUCUACCCUCACUGACACUUGCGACAAGUGGACUACCUUCCAGGAGAAGUACUCCAUUGAGCAAGACGACUCUGGUAUCUAA